CUUUCGAAAAGUAGAUUUUAAGUAGUUAGAGGAUUCCAAAAUGCCACGAUUUUCCCUUGUAUUCUGCUUAGCGGUGCUAGUCGCAUUCACGAUCGUCACAGAUGCCCGCAGAAGGGACCGUGGCAACAGACAUGGACAUCAUCACAGACACAGGCAUUGCCCUCCCGAUCCCCCUUGCAACUGCACGACGGGGAUUGAGCCACCCGUCACGGAAACUAUAAUCAAUGAAGUUGCUGAAUCUGCACCUCAUGAUGAUAGCAGCAGUGAGGAGAGCGAUGAGCACCAUGGACCUGGACACGAGCAUGGAGAAGGACACGAACAUGGACAUGAGCAUGGACCUGGACAUGAACAUGGAGAAGGUCAUGAACAUGGACCUGAUCAUCCUCAUGGUCACCAUCAUCGCCAUCGAUGCCCUCCACCUAGGCCUUGCCCUUGUUCCACAGAUGCGCCCGAAAUCACCACGGUGUGAGACAGUUUAAAGAUUAAAACUGCGUGAUACCUUGAGCAAAAAGAACGACAGACCAUAAUAACAUAUUUCAAAUUGCGAUGAAGUUCCUGAUGUUUUAUUUACGUUCCAGAGGUAUUCAGACACUCAAAAGUAUUUUUUUUUUAACCAGUGCAAACUAAUUUAGAGUACUUGUUACAGCAAAUAAGGUUCUAUAGUUGUGAUGAGCUAAUCUAUUCGAAGAUUUACUUGUUGACAAUGGUUGAGAAAUGGAAAUGGUUCAUAUACAUCUUACAAAAUAUUUUAAUAAAAACUGUAUUUUUGCACUGUUAUAUAUUUUACCAAGUUAUGUUUCCUAAUGUUUAAUACAUAUCGUCAAUGUGAAUGGAAUUUAGGUACGAUAUGAAAAACAGAAGCAGGUAUGUAGAUAUUUUACUUAACAACAGAUGGUAAAAAACUUGUCGAAUGUUUCAUGAUAUGUUAACGAUCUCAAACUACAAUUUAUCAUUCUUAGAUGAGAAAUUCUGUUAAAUUAUUAAUUUCUUAUGAUAUAACUGUUUGCCAUGGUUUUAAAGAAUUAGCUCUUCAUGUACUUUAAAGAUUUCUUUUAACUGAAAAUACAGAGCUAGAAAACUGAUUAAAAUCGGAAAUUAAUUUAAGUGUUGGCAUGAUAAUUUAAUCUUUGGAGCAAUUUUUAUUUCGAAUUGUAACUCUAUGAGACUUUAUUUUUAAUUAUGUACACAUUUUAUAUUAUAUAUGUUAAAUAUAAAUUCAUAAUCAUGAAAAACUAAGACUUCUGUUUCGUUUUAAAUUCUAAGUAAAAUAUUCAUUUUCAGCUUGUAAUUCGUCUGUGAAUGAUAAGCAGCAAUUUAUUUGACAGUGGAGUAUUCCCUAUGAACUAAAUUCAUUAUUUUCUUAGAAGGUUUCAAUUUGAUACUGUUGCAUUCUGAUUUUCUUUUCUAGCUGUGAUCUUUUUUUGUUAGCUAGUUUUUUAAAACUGCUUAAUCGAAAUUACUUGAAAGGUUAAUCUGAAAACCUUUUAUAUACAUGAUUUUAACAUAUUACGACUACUAGUUUAAUCAUAAAAGUUUAUUGAGGCAUUUUGAAUGAAAGAAAAAUACAAAUUUCAAGCACUUUAAUAAAAAUUUCUUUCACUAAUACCAUUCAUUUACACAUCCGUUUCUUUUUUAUUGUAAUAAUUAAAUAGGUAAGAAGUUCUUGGAAUUGUUGGAGUUACAUAUAUUGAAUACAAUAAACGUAAACGCAGACUGACUUCUGAAAAUUGCAUAAAUUUUAAUUUUUUGAAUUUUGAAUUCUUGUGAUUUGAAUUAUAAAAGUGUCACUACUGACUUGGGUAGUACGAAGAGAUUCCAUAAUUUGAAAAAUCUAAUAUUUUCGGCUUCCUGAUAACUGUUUUCUCUGUAAAUUCCGUUUAUCAGUAGGAUAUCAAAUAAUAUUUAUUCCUUCUGAAUAUAGUUUAAAAGCGUAAGUUUUGUUAUUAAUUCAAAAUUUAUAUUCAGUUGUUUUUGAUUAUCAGAUAUCCAGAAUUUUUUUUACAGUUUAUGUCAGAGCCUAAUUUACUUUAUCAUAGCUGUCAGAAUUGAGGAUUGCCAUAAUUUAGGAUUGUACUGCGUUUAGAAACAUCCCGAAUCAUAGGGCUGGAUAUACAAUUUCAUUGUUCGGUUGUCCUUGUCGCAGUGAUAAAUUAUUUACCAGAUAAAUUAUUUUUGAGUAGGAAAGUUAUAGACCUAACAUAACAUUACAUAAAGAAAUUUUGCAUUGAUAUGAUAGCAUAAAAACAUUAAGAAUCUAACUAGUCUUUCUAUAAGAGUAUUAUUAUGUAAUACCACGAGUAAAGUAUUUUUAACUAUACAUAAAAUGUAAUAACUGUAGGAUAUGAUUACAUUUUAUGGAAGAUAUAAGUCUAUCUCAUUCACUUUAAAUAAUUUUUGCAUAACUUAAAUGAUAUGGUGACAAAUUUCGUCUUUUGCUCAGCACGAGUCGAGUAGUAAAUUAUAAUUUUCAUGUAGAAUAGAAGUUCUGCAAUGCAAGUUUGCUUCUAUUAGGCAUUCAAAGAUGCUCAGGAUCGCCCUUUCACGAUAAACGCAGAAUUGGAUGGAAGCUAGAUUUUCUUACAGGUACGCUGGAAAGAGACAUGCUUGUUAAUGAAAAGAUUUAAAAGUAACUGUUGAUUAUGUUUUUGUUUUUCAACGUUAGGGAAUAUACUGAAAAAUUAUUCGUCUUUGGCUGUCUUGUUCCCAUUCUUUUUGUCAUAUUUCUGCGCUUAUCUUUGUAAGAAAGAUUUUUAAGUAAAAAAUCUGGGAUUUCGGUCUCAACCUCAGGCAGUGAUGUAUAUUGCUGUGCUUCUUUUGUGCGGAUAUUUUGUAUGUUCCUUAUUUGCUCUUGUUUGUGGUUGCCUAAAUCUAAUUGGUCCUUAUUUUUAGGAAAAGAUAGAGUUUAAUUUUUGAGCUUAGAAUGAGCGGAGGGAAAUAAAGACUGUCAGGAAAGGUAAAAAAAAAAAAAAAAAAAAAAAAAAAAAAAAAAAAAAAAAAAAAAAA